CAGGAGAUGCACCACGGUCACCCGGAAACAUGCCACCAUCACCAGAUGUGCCACAGUCAUCAGGAGACAUGCUAGGGUCACCAGAAGAUGUGCCACAGUCAUCAAGUGAUGCUUCACCGUCACCAGAUGCCACACUCAUCAGGGAAUGUGACACACUCACCUAGAGACAUCCCUCACUUACCAGGAGACAGGCCUGACUCUACCCAGAAUGGUGUACAGAACCAUGACAUGCCUAUGGAUAUCUCAGCUCCAUCUUCUCCAAGCUGCUCUCCCAGCCCACUGUCUGAAACUCCCUUAGAGAAAGUUCCUUGGCUCUCUGUCAUGGGAACCCCAGCCAGAAAAGAAAUAUCACUGUCAGAGCCUGCCAAACUCAGGUCUGCCCAUGUACAAGCACGAACACCACAAGGUGGGUUGUACAACAGACCAUGCCUGCAUAGACUGAAGUACUUCUUACGACCUCCGGUUCAUCACCUCUUCUUUCAGACACUAAUACCGGAUAAAGACACAAGAGAGAACAAGGGUCAAAAAUUAGAACCCAUCCCUCAUCGAAGACUAAGAAUGGUAGCAAAUACCAUUGAAGAGAAUUUUCCCCUGGGGACUGUGCAGUUUUUGAUGGACUUUGUGUCACCCCAGCAUUACCCACCAAGAGAAAUUGUGGCUCACAUCAUCCAGAAAAUCUUGCUCAGUGGCUCUGAGACUGUGGAUGUCCUAAAGGAGGCCUACAUGCUUCUCAUGAAAAUUCAACAGCUACAUCCAGCCAAUGCCAAGACAGUGGAGUGGGACUGGAAACUGCUCACCUACGUCAUGGAGGAAGAGGGACAGACUCUGCCUGGGCGAGUCCUUUUCCUGCGUUACGUCGUUCAGACCCUAGAAGAUGACUUCCAGCAGACCCUGAGGAGACAACGGCAGCACCUGCAGCAGUCCAUUGCAAACAUGGUGCUGUCCUGUGACAAGCAGCCCCACAAUGUCAGGGAUGUUAUCAAGUGGCUGGUCAAAGCAGUAACUGCAGAUGGAUUGACUCAGCCCCCAAAUGGAAAUCAAAUGUCUUCAGGAACAGGAGUCUUGAAGGCCAGCGGUAGCCACCCUCCUUCCCAGCCCAACCUGACAAAGAACACCAAUCAGCUGAUUGUGUGCCAGCUUCAGAGGAUGCUCUCCAUAGCCGUAGAGGUGGACAGGACCCCCACCUGCAGCUCCAAUAAAAUUGCUGAGAUGAUGUUUGGGUUUGUGCUGGACAUUCCUGAGAGGAGCCAAAGAGAGAUGUUCUUUACUACCAUGGAAAGCCACCUUCUGCGCUGCAAAGUGUUAGAGAUCAUAUUCCUCCACAGCUGCGAGACACCCACCCGCCUGCCUCUGUCUCUGGCGCAGGCCCUCUACUUUCUGAAUAAUUCUACGUCGCUGCUCAAGUGUCAGUCAGAUAAAAGCCAGUGGCAGACUUGGGACGAAUUGGUUGAGCAUCUGCAGUUUCUGUUGUCCAGUUAUCAACAUGUUUUAAGAGAACACUUAAGGAGUUCCGUGAUCGACCGAAAGGACUUAAUAAUCAAAAGGAUUAAGCCCAAACCCCAGCAAGGAGAUGACAUCACAGUGGUGGACGUAGAGAAGCAGAUUGAGGCCUUCCGCAGCCGCCUGAUCCAGAUGCUGGGGGAGCCUCUUGUCCCUCAGCUCCAAGACAAAGUGCACUUGUUGAAGCUCCUGCUCUUCUAUGCUGCGGACUUGAACCCUGACGCAGAGCCCUCUCAAAAGGGCUGGAGCAGCUCCUGAGGGCCUGCCAAGCACCGAAUGCCAAGAAUACCUCCUGAACUCUAUCUCCAACUACUUAAAAGCUCCAAAAGUAGGAAAAGUGGCUAAAAUCUUACAAGACCAAACCUAUAUUAUUUAAUCAGUAGGUUGUAAUUUCUAACUCUAGUAUAAAUAUCUUUUUUUAAAUAAUCCUAUCCUAGCCUAUUCUCAAAUAUGGCUUAAAUAUACAAGGUAUAUAUAUUUUUUAAUAAAUUAUUUAUCUAUACUUUUUUUGAAACAGGUUAAUACUGUGUGCACCACGUUUAACAUUUUCAUUCAAGAUGUGGAAAAAUCCCUCUGCUGAAGCCACUCUAUACACCAAUAUUAUGUCAUUCAAGGUACCGACGACCUGUUUCAGGAGAGACGUUCAUUUUUCCCUAAUGAAAUGCAAGCAUUCUAUGUUAGACCUAUUAUAUUGCCUAUUAAUUUGACUUUGUAAUAAAUAGAGGGUAGAAACAAAAGGAUCAAGUGUGUUACAAAACAUUUGAUGUUAAAAGGAGACAAUAAAAAGGCAAUGGUUUUUCAAAAUA